GUUACACCAUUAAAUAAACACAUAACACAUUCCCCUGUUUCUUCGUAACCAACGCACCAAUGGCGGCCCGAACAUUCCCGGAGAUGCCGACGCCGUCGUCUCUGCUAUCGGCGUACGCCUCCAUGUCUACCUCCAUCAUGCUCUUCCGUACAAUGUUCAACCAGCUCUUCCCCCGAGAACUCCGGCGAUACGUCCUCAACGCUGUCCGAUUCUACUGGAAACCCAAAUCAUCUAAACUCACUCUCGUUUUCGACGAGAAAGACGGCUUGACCGCCAACCACAUGUUUGAAGCCGCCGAAGCUUUCCUCUGUACUAGAAUCAACCCCGAUUCCGAACGCCUCCGGAUCACAAAAUCCGUGAAAGAAAACCACAUCAAUGUAAAAUUUGCGGACUCAGAGACGAUAGCGGAUUCAUUCGAAGGAAUUCAAGUAUCAUGGACAUACGUCCGUCAGCAGCCACAGCAAAGACCGGGCGGCGACGGAGACACCCUAGAUUACGCGAGUGGAAAUAGCAGCUCAGGCCGCGGGGGCUUUUCGCCAGAGAGAAAAUACAUCGAGUUAAAAUUCGACAAAAAAUAUAGAGAAACUAUAAUAUCUUCUUACUUACCAUUGAUAUUACAAAGAUCAGAACAACUCCAAAACCAGAAAAAAAUAGUGAAGCUUCAUAACUUGCAAUCCUACGGUGGCGGGCCUGGCCACAAGGAAUCGGUGAACCUGGACCAUCCGUCAACGUUCGACACGUUGGCGAUGGAUCCGGGGAUGAAGAAGGCGAUAAUUGAUGAUUUGAAUUUGUUUUUGAAAAGGAAGGAGUUUUAUAAAAGAGUAGGGAAGGCGUGGAAGAGAGGGUACUUGUUGUACGGUCCGCCUGGGACCGGGAAGUCGAGUUUGAUUGCUGCUAUAGCUAAUUACUUGAAGUUUGAUAUCUUUGACUUGCAGUUGUCGAAUGUUGGAGGCGAUUCGAGUUUGAAGAAACUCAUGUUGAGAACUUCGAAUCGGUCGAUUUUGGUGAUUGAAGAUAUUGAUUGUAGCAUUCAGUUGCCGGACCGGAAGGGGACGGUUUUGUCCAAGUUACCUGAAGUUAAAUCCGGUCGUGAUCCCAUGUUCUCUUUAUCGGGGCUUUUAAAUUUCAUAGAUGGGUUAUGGUCGUGUUGUGGGGACGAACGGAUUAUAAUAUUCACGACGAACCACAAAGAACGACUUGACCCGGCAUUGCUUCGACCAGGGCGGAUGGAUGUGCACAUUCACAUGUCGUACUUGACGGUUGAUGGGUUCGAAACACUAGCUGCUAACUACCUAAAUAUUCAUGACUACCAUUGGCGAUUUAGGGAAAUCAAAGAACUGAUCAAAUGCAAGAAGGUUACACCGGCUGAGGUUGCGGAGGAACUCAUGAAAUCGGACGAUGUGGAUGUUGUGUUGGAAGGACUAGUGAAGUUUCUAAAACGAAAGAAGAUGGAAGAUGAUGAAAGUAAAGAUGGGGUGGAUGAUGAUGAUGAAGAAAGUGAAGUUCGUGAAGCUAAAAAGGCAAAAAUUAUAUCAUGAUUUAAGAAUUAGAGGCUUUUUGAUGUUUUGUUCUUCUAGAUGAAAGGUUGUUUGGUUACAUUUUAAGUUUUUGUUUCCAUUGUUACUCCUUUUUUAAAAAGGUUUUAUAUUUAUACUAUAUAUUAUUCUUA